CUUUUUUCCUCCUUAUCCCUCCCUACCCACUCUCCCCAGUCCCUUCCCCUUUGAUAACUGUUAGUCCAUUAGUUCUGUGAGUACCAUCUUUUAUAUUUCAUGGAUGCUGCACAGAAAGGGGACUGUGGGAUUGGUGCGCGUGCGCGCUCCGUCGUUGUGGGGUUGGGGGCAGCGCCCGAUGGGGGAGGGGUCUGCCUGCAACCAACGCCGCGCACGCUCGUCCCACAAGCCAGCUCCGCCAAUUGCGGUGCCAGCCGCGCAUGCUCGUCCUGCCGGCCAGCACCGACUACUUCCGGUGCCCGCCAUGUUUCCUUCUAACUGCGCGGUCACCCGCAGCAGAGAAGGAAGCUUCUUGCUUGAGCCCGCCCGUCGCUCGCCUGUACCUCCUGCUCAUACCGUUCCCGCCGGCUGCUGCCCGGCCGCCUCCAAGGCCUCCUUCCUCUGAUGUUGCCGUCACCGGCCAAAGCCCUGCGCCGCCUGCUGGAGCCCUCCAACAGCCGCCGCCCGCCGGCUCCAGGAGCCCACCUCGCCAGGGUCCCUGCGUCCUCUUCCUCACUCAGGCAUGUCCUUGCAGAGGCAGCUCACCGCAAAGCCAGUGGCCUCCGACACUGCGGGGGGCCUCCUGUGCUUCCCAGACGGGUCAGCGCGGGAGUCCAGGGAGUGUGUCAAGGUCCCAUCAGCCAGCUCCGCCUACCUCCAGUGCCUGCUGCACAUGCUCGUCCUGCCGGCCAGCGCCGCCUACUUCCGGUGCCCGGCAUGUUUCUUUCCAACUGCACAUGGCGCAGUGGUCUCCACGGGGAACAACUUUGUUUCUCUGAAGUCAACUCAUGAAAGUUCUACUUGAUCCAUUUCUGCAAACAUCUGCUGUUCCCUACCUCUAGGGUCACACAAGGCAGAACACCAACCGGCCGAGAAAACUGGAACGAAGAGGAGAAGCUGUGAUGCAGGAACAUCUAGCGUAAAGCUGAGAGCGGCCGGAUGUGGAUCCCUGUGUUGUCCCACAAGUGGCUGGAAUCUCAAGUCUCUCGAAGUCUUCCGCCUGUCUUCGCUUUCCGACCCCACCGAUCCUGCGGAGCGCACCACGUGUACGG